CCCCCUCGUUACAUGGCAAAUAAGAACUAUGGGACUACUAGCCAAAGAAUUAAUAAGAGGUGUAAUUGCCCCAUUGGUCUGCAGACACACAUAUAGCUGAUGUACCAAUAAGCUCGUCCUUCCUAAUCGUUUUAAACUACCAGACCACCUCUUUAAGAUGAGAGAGCCCCCUGGAUGUGAAAAUGGGUGUGUUUCAGAAGAGGGGAAGGCGUUUGCCCAGCAUGGGGCGCAGUGGCGUUCCCUGUCCCAGCGCCGGGUGCUCCUGUGGCUGCUCUUGCCCAGCUCCUGAGAUGCCUGCUGUGCCCCAAGAGAAUAAGGACACGUGAAUUAUGCAGAGAAUGUUAACAAAGAUUGCUCUAAAAAUAUCCAAGUGCUUCUAUAAACACCGAAACGAACAGGCUAGGUCUCGAGGCAGUGUAAAUCAGAGGUGCUCGCAUCGCUGUGGUGCCGUUGGACCAGGUGAACUGUGAACGUGGUCCUGAGAACCGAGGUACGUGCUGCCUGCUGAGCUGUCGGUGCUGUAAAGUGCAGUGAGGAAACCAGCAGAAUCUGUAGCGCUACCCUGUCUGUGUGCAGAGCUAUUUCAGAGGAAAAUCAUGGAAUAAAACAUGGGAAAGCUACUGAAGUAAACCUGGUGUGUGUUUUUUUUACCUCCUUUGGGGUACAGAUAUUCUUAUGUUGUUCUGAAAGCCCAGCUUGUUUUGGUUCUAAAGACACUCGACUCCUGCAUGCACAUACAUGGUGUGUAUGUGGAGUUGCCUCAGUGUUCAAACGGUGAUUUUUUUUGGACUAAAAAUUAUUCUCUUCUGCCUCCAAGCACCAUCACUGUAUGUUAGGAGGAGCGUUGAAAGAGCUCACUAAAUGUUUCCUCAAACAAAAUCAUCAAGUGUUUGAGAACUGAAGAGCUUCAGAAGCCUCGAUAGGCCCAUGACGUCUGGGAGCGUAUUUGAAUUAGAAGAUGUUGGAGCACAUAACGGGGAUUUCAGUCUGUCUUUCAAGAGCAAAUAUAAAUGUAUCUUUUGCACUGAAGAUUGCAGGGUGCCUCCAUAAUUAGUGGGAAGAUAGAAGCUUCAGAUCUUUUCAGAACGUGCCUUCUCCCUAAUCUUUCUCCCUCAGUCUCGUUAAAUUAUACAGUACAUUAGCUGUGCAAUUCCAGUGUAUAAUCACGGCAUUGACAGCUGCUGGUGCUGAUCCGAAGGAUGCCAUCUGCUCAGGUUUGGAGCCGAGGCCCCUGCUCGGAUUAGCAGCUGUGUGGGAGGCUCUGGGGGAAGCCCCUGCCUCCUUCCAGCUCCAGAGGAGUUGCCAGUGCUGUGGCCUCUGGGUGGGACCUCUGGGCUGCCCCAGGCUGCCCUGCACCUGGGUGCAGAGGUAGUCAGGGGAUUGUGGCUCUGAAUGCCUGCCUCUCUCCUGCCUCUCCCUCAAGCAGAAGGAAGUGCUGAACCCUUCUCUCAAAUGUAAGGUGGGAAUAAAUAUUAACAGGGAGACGGUCAGUUGUUUGAGCUGCUUUAUCCUACACCAUCUGGUGAGUUGCCAGUGAGCACUUCUCUGCUUUCAGCUGAGCAGCGAGUGAUGCCCCAUCACGCUCAGAACAGCAGUGCAAGUCGUCUGCCUCUAAAGCAAGACGAGGUUUUAAACAGGCUCAAACCCUUUGGCCUCCACUGCCUCCGAACACAAAAUUGCCAUUUGCCUUCUCGUAUUGUGCCAACUCCAUGGUCAUCUGAUUCGUUCUCCAAGCACCUCGUGCAGACAAGACAAGAGCUGCUGGUGUUGCUGGCUGUGUAAGAAGAACAGUGUGUGCUUUGCCAGUGUAUUGGCCAAGUACCUCAUGUGGAAACCAGAAGGCAGCUGCAGUUUUUAGGCCUAAAAGUAAAAGCUCUUUACUGGUUAUUCUGCUGUGGCAGAGCUGUACAGUUAAUGUUUUUACUAGUGUCUCUUAAUAGAAUUAGUCUUAUCAGCUGCAUGUGCUUAUUUGUUUCUAUGGCUGUUUUUAGCAGUUUGGAUUCUUCUUUCUUUCAGUCCUGUCCUUACCCUUUUGUCUUCUCCUGCCCCACCAUUUACACCCUAAAAAACACUUCUCACAUCCCAGAAAUGAAGUCGGAACUGCAUUCACACUGGCACUUGGUUCUUCCUUCCCUGCCCCAUCUCCUGUUUUUAGCAUUUACAACUAUUUCUUGCUGCUAACAAGUUCAUUUUCCCCGGUGAUGCUGGGGCCUGAGAGCACCGAUUUUGCUCACUGCAAAGUAAGAGACCCAUUACUUAAGGUGUGUUCUGCACCUCUGGGACCACCAAUAUUGCAUGCAGAGUAAGGUGAUGCUGAGCCUCAGUGGAAGUGUGCACAGAAAAGCUGAUUCUACAGCGCACUCGUGCAGCUGUCUUGGAAACCUGAAGGAUCAGUAUUAUGCCUGCAUAACAUGAUACAAUUACAUCCAUUUUAUGAAAUAUGCAGUACCCGUUUGCUUUAUUUAAGAGCUGUUUACCUGAUGUGACACCACUGUGAAUUAAGUUAGCUUUUUGUUUAAAAAAAAUUAUGCAGUUUAAGAUUAUAUGAAUGUUAGCUUUUAAAUCCGGUGGUUCUUUUAAAAAAAUAAAAAGCUCAGUUUAGUACUUCUGAAAUCUUUCUGGGCACCUCUCUGGGUUUCUGUGUAGUACAGGGCUGUACAAAAUUAUUCAGUUUGAGGGGGUUUCAAAGAAGGCAGCACCGAGUUCAGGUGGUUCCUCUCUCACUUGCCCUAGAGGUGAGAUGAGCGCUCCGCAGCACUCCCUUAGGGGCUGUGCUGCGCACCCGAAGCCACGAAACUCCUGGGAGUGGAGAUCCCCUGCGGCUGCGGACUCGUAAGACUCUGGGAUAAAAUUGAAGAUGAAUUAGAAAUGACUACGGUGUGCCAUAGACCCGAAGGACUGGAACAGCUUGAAGCACAAACCAAUUUCACUAAAAGAGAACUUCAAGUGCUUUACAGAGGAUUUAAAAAUGAAUGUCCUAGUGGGGUUGUUAAUGAAGAGACAUUCAAACAGAUCUAUGCACAGUUUUUUCCUCAUGGAGAUGCUAGCAUGUAUGCCCAUUAUCUCUUCAAUGCAUUUGACACUGCACAAAACGGCUCGGUGAAGUUUGAGGAUUUUGUGAUGGCACUGUCCAUUCUGUUGAGGGGAACAGUUCAUGAAAAGCUAAGGUGGACGUUUAAUCUGUAUGACAUAAAUAAGGAUGGCUAUAUAAACAAGGAGGAAAUGAUGGAUAUAGUAAAGGCAAUUUAUGAUAUGAUGGGAAAGUACACGUAUCCAGUGCUCAAGGAAGAUGCUCCGAGGCAGCAUGUAGAAAUGUUCUUCCAGAAGAUGGAUAAAAACAAAGAUGGUGUUGUAACUUUAGAUGAGUUUAUUGAAUCGUGUCAGGAGGAUGACAAUAUCAUGCGAUCCUUACAGCUCUUUGAGAACGUGAUGUAGCCAUGUCUGGAGAGCGCUGGAGGAGUCAGAGACUGUGUGUAACAAAGACCUCCUUUCUGGGUGAAAGCUUUUUACAGUUCAGCCAUGGUUGAUUCAGCCAGUGUGUGAGGAUUUUGUAUGACAUCUCCAACCAAAUGGCAACCAAUUGCAACUGAUCCCAUCUCUCUUCCCCAAGAGACAUCGGUGGACCUUUAUUUCAUUUUGGAAGCAUGCAAAUACUUUAAUAAAACCUGACAAGAGAGAGCUGCUGCUCAAAGUUCUAUGAGUAAUAUACACCCUUCUGUUUGCUAGCCACAAGUCCUGCUUUAAUCUAGCAAGCUUGAUUACAUAUGAUAGCACAUGUUGAUAGCUUACUCAGUCAUCUAUUACAAGUGAAAAGCUCAGUCCAUACUACCACACGGCAAAAUGUUGUAUGAAUGCCUUGCCGUUAAUCUGCUUUGACCAAAAAAAAAAUCAAAUCUACCAGGGCAAUCUGUAGAAAUGAAUAGUAAAUGUACAUAGGACGUUAACAGACAGCCCAUGUAGCCAAUAUCCCCAUUUCUGCAGAGAUCCUGCUUCUCUUCUCACAUGCACUGGUGCCACCAUGCUGAGUUUGGUGGUUAUGCCUGAACAUGUUAACUAGAGGAACUUCAUGCCAGGGUUAGCCAGAAAGGAGCAAAAUGUGUUGUACAUAAAUUUCAAACUACAGAACAAAUCCUGUUCAGUGAUGGUAAGUUCUUGCAAGAUCAGGCAGGUUUAAAAGGGCUGGUACAGGGGUACAGGAAGACAAAUACCUGCUCUGGUCCCAGCCACCCUCUGCAGUCCCAGCACAUAGUGGGACACCAAGUGAUUCUACAGUGUGCGUCUCAGCGGCACUGUGCGAUGGUCCUUUGGCUGUACUUAGGCGCAUGCUUCCUAGAUGCCUCAUUUGAAUGCUUGUAUUUUUACAUUGGAUGUUAAAAGUGUUCUUCACUCUAUGGAUUUAUUUAAGCUUUCCAGUUUUACUUAGGGUAGAAGAAAGCCUAGGUGAGACAGCUGUGUUUCCACUUAAGGACCUUGGCAUCCACAAAGUGCCCUGUAAGAUUAAUUGGGGUUACUUGGCUGACAUUAGUGUCAGAAUCAUCUGCCUGGCCCACGUGUCCCUGUGGGUAAUUUGAUACCUUCUUUAUCAAAAUCUUUAUCUUACAAGGCAAUUGCAUGACUUGUAAGGAAAUAGGACUUCUACUAAUGCCGUGUAGAGCAUUGGGUUGGGGGGUUGUUGGUUUGUUUGGUUUUCCAAUAGUAAAACAGAAAAAAUCAAGAAAACAGAAAAAAUCAUG